AACGUUCUGUUUUGCAGUGAUUUGAUUGCUUGGUCUCAGCUAUGUGAUUUCGUUCGGACACACCUCGCCCUGCACCACCACCGACUAUCCUCUUCAUCUUCGCCCUCGGAUAAAGAGCAACACAGCCAGCUUCAUUAAGCGGUGUUGCCGUCGCUCUCCUCGGGGUGGAAGUUGUCCGCUGGCUUCUCCGGGCCCGAGCCAGUUUAGGAAGAUCUUGCCUCGCGGAACCGCAACAGGGAAACAGCGACGUGUUUUUGUCGCGCUUAGGCCGUUGUUAUUAGGAGGCUGCUGUCAAAGUCCCACUCCUUUUUUUUUUUUUACAAGGACCUGCAUGGCUGUGAAGCGGUGCCCUGGACUGUCGGUGUAAACUUAAAAGGCUAUGUGUGUCGUGCCAGGCCAAGGCGAGGACAGACCGGAGAUGCCAACUGGCUAGCAGCGCUAAUGUUAUCUGGACCCGCAGCUAGGUCGCAAAACACAGAUUACUUAGCACAUUAAGUCAGUCGUCAACGCGUUAGUUGGUAUCUUUGUUUUUGUUUGUUUUUUUAACACACUCCUCAGUUUGCAAACAGUGAGACCGUCGGUACUAACGAGAAACGGUAGCAAACACAAGAUGCUGGAGAAGCGGAGCUUUGAUAGCUAACUGUUACAAAUCAGCAACAUUUAAGUUGUCUUGCAAUUGAGGCACUACUUUAAGCUAGCUAGCUGUGCACCACAACAACAAAAGCCAAAUGCCUAGCCCUUAUUCACUGACACAAGAGACUACAGGGACUGUUGUCUGUCCAGCACUAACACACUAAUGUUAAUGAUAUGUUAAAACGGACUACAGGUCGUGAAUUGUUUAGUACAGCCUAACAGGUGUGUGGACAAACAUGACUAUUAACUAACUAGCCCGCAAAGAAAAAGGUGCGAUAACAGGACUGAUUUGAGCCUUUCAGCUAAGACGUUCAGUUUGAGUGAGCCUAACCCUGUAAAUCACAACAACCUGUUGACCAUGGAGGGAAAUGUGCAACAACAGAAAACGACUCCUUUAGCUCGGGAGCUGACGAGGAUAUUUAACAGCUACAACAAGCACUCCAUACAACUGAAGAAGAACCUGAAAGAAACUAACGCAUUUUUCCGGGAAAUAAGGCAGAAUUACAGCAAUGCUUGUGCAUCAACCAUGAGCUCGGAUUCAGCUUCUCUGGAGGCAGGCCAGCUCAGCUGCAUCUCUUUCCCUAGCCAUGAGGAAGAGUUCCUGCGCAACACAGUGGGUGCUGCCCCGUACAUCCUGGUACUGGGCCAGGACUGUGCUGCCCGCUACCAGCUGCUUAACUGCCUUCUGGGGGAGAGGCUGUUGCCGCUGGGCCCUGAGGCCGGCGAGGCUUGUGAAGGAGUCCAGGGCACUGUCUGCAAGAGGCGGAAGCUGUGUUUCACCCACGGGAGACAGACACGGCUAAGUUUGGCUCUGCCUGGCCAAUAUGAGCUGGUACACCAAUUGGCGGCUAACUGUGGCCGCUGGGAUACGGUGCCCCGGGAGGAUCUGGAGAUCCAUGAAGAAUGUGAGGACCCAGCGCACAGGCUGGCAGAGCUGGAGAUUACCCUGCAUCACCCACUGCUACAGGAAGCAAAGGUCAUGGUGGUGCCUUGUCCGAGUGUCCAGCCUAUAGAAGAGGCCCUAGAAGACUGUACUCGCAGCGUGAUCCCCAUCAUCCUCUAUGCUAUCAACCAGGACUCCCUAAGCACAGAGCAGGUGGCUGAUCUCUGGAAGGUCAAAGAGCUGCUCCCUUUUCCCAUCUGUUUUGUUCGUAUGCCUAACACCACGCCAACAGCCUCCCCAGAACCCGGCCACCGUGCAGAGAAGGAAAAAGAGAAGGAGAAGAGCGCCCUUCAUAAGCAGCUGCUGGCCCUCGGUUUCCUCAGUAGCCCUACAGGAAACUGCUCUUGCGGCGCACCUACACAGGUGCCCACCCCAGGUGCCAAGCCCCAGAGCAUCCUGGGUGAGGCUUUUGAAAGACUGCAUCGGUUGCUGGUGCCUUUUUCUCGCCAAGUGCUUCAAAACCAGCAGGUUGAGGCUGCCAACCUGCUUAACGGGCUACACUGUCGCUGUCUGGAUCUUUUCAUCAACCAGGCCUUUGACAUGCAGAGGGACCUGCAGAUAACACCCCGCAGGCUGGAGUACACCCGUGAGAAAGAGGGUGAACUGUUCACCUCCCUUAUGGCCAUCGCUAACCGCAAACAGGAAGAGAUGAAGGAGAUGAUUGUGGAGACGCUCAGCAGCAUGAAAGAGCAGUUGCUGGAGGACGCUGCCAACCUGGAGUUUACAGACAUCAUUGUAACAACUAACGGAGAGCCUGUUACAUCAAAGGAGAUCAAGUCUUGCAUCCACCAAAUCCAGGAGCUGAUAGUCGUCCGUUUGAAUCAGGCUGUGGCCAAUAAGCUGAUCAGCUCUGUGGACUAUCUGAGGGAGAGCUUCGUAGGGACUCUGGAGCGAUGCCUCAACAGUCUGGAGAAGUCGACCAUUGAUUCUUCUGUCCACAAUAUCACUUCCAAUCACCUCAAACAGUUAUUAAAUGCUGCCUAUCACGUGGAGGUCACCUUUCACUCAGGAUCCUCCGUCACACGACUUGUCUGGGAGCAAAUCAAACAGAUAAUCCACCGGAUAACAUUUGUGAACCCUCCUGCCAUCACUCCAGAGUGGAAGCGGAAAGUGGCCCAGGAUGCCAUAGAAAGCCUCAGUGCUGCCAAACUGGCCCGAAGCAUCUGCUCCCAGUUCAGAACUCGCCUCAACAGUUCUCAUGAGGCCUUUGCAGCAUCUCUGCGUCAGCUGGAGGAAGGGCACACAGGCCGUCUGGAGCGCACUGAGGACCUGUGGCUGCGUGUGAGGAAGGACCAUGCCCCUCGGCUCGCCCGCUUGUCUUUGGAGAGUCGCUCCCUCAGGGAUGUGCUGCUGCAUGGCAAGCCAAAGCUUGGUCGAGAGUUGGGUCGCGGCCAAUACGGAGUUGUGUACUUGUGCGACAGCUGGGGAGGACACAACCCAUGUGCCUUAAAGUCUGUGGUACCGCCUGAUGAUAAACACUGGAACGACCUGGCUUUAGAGUUUCACUACACAAGGUCCCUGCCCAAGCAUGAGCGGCUCGUCGACCUGCACGGCUCGGUGAUUGAUCACACCUACGGAGGCGGCUCCAGCAUCGCUGUGCUGCUCAUCAUGGAGCGCCUGCACAGAGACCUCUACACAGGCUUGAAGGCGGGUUUAUCUCUGAAGGAGAGACUUCAGAUUGCACUGGAUGUUGUGGAGGGCAUCCGCUUCCUGCACAGUCAGGGUCUCCUGCACAGAGACAUAAAGCUAAAAAAUGUUCUGUUGGACAAACAGAAUCGUGCAAAGAUCACUGACCUUGGCUUCUGUAAACCAGAGGCCAUGAUGUCUGGCAGCAUUGUAGGAACUCCCAUCCACAUGGCUCCUGAGCUGUUUACAGGAAAGUAUGACAACUCUGUUGAUGUGUAUGCCUUUGGGAUCCUUUUCUGGUACCUCUGCACCGGUUCGGUAAAACUCCCAGAAGCCUUUGAGAAAUGCUCCAGCAAGGACCAGCUCUGGAACAAUGUUAAAAAAGGUGCCAGACCAGAGCGGCUGCCUAGUUUUGACGAGGAGUGCUGGCAGCUGAUGGAGGCCUGCUGGAACGGGGACCCUUCCCAGAGGCCCCUGCUCGGCAUUGUGGAGCCCAGCCUGCAAAGCAUCAUGGUCCGGCUCUGCAACUGCGGCUCCGAACAGAAAAGCAGCAGCCUCGAGGACUCAAACUGAAAACACUCCAGACAAACUAACACACGUGUGAUAAGGAUUCUGAUCAGAAAAGUAUUUUUGUUGUAUUUAUGAAGAGCUGAACGGAGAACUUCUGAAGAACAGGUGACCAGUAAAAAAAAAAAAAAAAAAAAAA